CCCGCGGUACGGUAACGAACUAACGGUCUGCGUGCUAUCGGGCUAACAGGAGCUACCUCACACUUCCGGUCGAGACUUUCAGAAUAUAAUCCGGUUUUAGUUAGGAUGUCACUAUUUUAUGAAAGGCGUUAUUUAUCAUCAAUAGUUAUAGUUAAAUACAGCGCGAGGUUUCAUUCUAAGUCGAGGACUUCCAAUUUAACUAUUUGUUUAAAUAUAUUAUCUUUCAUACAAACAUGCAGUGCUUCACUUCACAAAAACAAGAGAACAAAUCAAAUAGUCCAUUAUUUUUAAAAUGACAACAAAAUAUUUAGACAUUAAACUCACUCUAAUAUAAUCUUCUCAUCGCUUAACACUCGCAUGUUGGAGCGACAUCCGGGUCCGCCGCUCGCCGACGGGCCGCAGUAAACAACUCGUUUCGCGCUUCGUGAGAGAAAAGAGUGCAGUCCGCCGCCCUGUUUGAACGCGGAGUAAUACACACUCACAGAGAGCCGCGUCAUCCGCGCGCGGAGGGAUCUGUUCUGCUGGUCGGGUCGCACGCUAGCAUUAGCUUAGCGAAAGCUCGUCUCCACGCACCGGAACGCGAUGUCGCUGGUGGACCUCGGGAAGCGUCUACUGGAGGCGGCUCGGAAAGGCCAAGACGAUGAGGUCAGGAACCUGAUGGCCAACGGAGCGCCGUUCACCACGGACUGGCUUGGGACGUCUCCGCUCCACCUGGCUGCCCAACACGGCCAUUACUCCACCGCCGACGUCCUGCUGAGGGCCGGCGUGAGCAGAGACGCCCGCACCAAGGUGGACCGCACGCCGCUGCACAUGGCGGCCGCCGAGGGCCACACGGUCAUCGUGGAGCUGCUGGUCCGGAGCGGCGCCGACAUCAACGCCAAAGACAUGCUGAAGAUGACGGCGCUGCACUGGGCGGCGCAGCACACGCACCACGGCGUCGCCGAGACGCUCGUCAAACACGGCGCCGACGUGCACGCGCUCAGCAAGUUCGACAAGACGCCCUUCGACAUCGCCGUCGACGUCCAGAACACCGAGCUGAUGCUGAUGCUGCAGGAGGGGAUGCAGAACCAGGUGAACAUGAACCAGGUGAGCAUGAACGUGGAGACGGGCACCGCCAACAACCAGCCACAGUUCAUCAUCCAGGGGAUCCCCGGCAUCCAGGGGAGCGUGGUCAACCUGGCGGAGCUGCUCAACAAGGCCAACGCAGGCGUCUCGGAGGAGGCCAUGGCCGCCAGCGCCCUGGACUCCAGCAUCCAGCACGCCACCGUGGUGAACGAGGGGGGUCAGAGGGUCAUCACCAUAGUGACGGACCAGCACGGGAACCUGCAGACCACGGGGGGGAUGGCGCCCCCCUUCUUCGUCACCAUGCAGCACGGCCAGCAGAUGCUGGCGGUGGCGGCCAACACCGUGACGGAGGAGGUGGUGACGGAGGAGCCUCAGGCUCCGCCCACCAGGAAGAGGAAGAUGGAGGCCAUCAACAACCACAACAACGUGGGCGAGACGGAGCUGCUCCAGAGGCAGCUGCAGGAGGCGAACAGGAAGGCCCAGGAGUACCGUCAGCAGCUGUUGCGUAAGGAGCAGGAGGCGGAGGAGUACCGCGUGCGGCUGGAGGCCAUGUCUCAAGCCAACAGCGCCGCCGCCGCCGCCGCCGCCAGCCCCGAGGAGGUGGUGGGGGGGGAGGAGGACGAGGAGGAGGAGGCCGGCCUGGUGGAGGAGGAGGGGGAGAUGGUGGUGCUGCAGGAGGGGGGCAUCAUCAUGGAGGGGGAGGAGGGUCAGGUGACGCUGGUGGAGACGGGAGGGGAGACCACGGAGGUCAGCUCCUAACGGACGGAAGUGCGCACCAUUUGGAAUCCCCGAAAGACCCCAGGAGGAAAGAAGUGGCUCACCAGAACCACCAGAAGGACCGCCGGCUACAGACUCACAAACACAACACUUUGGUCGAACGCUAUUUUGGAUCCCUGAAAGAUUUGAGGAUAACACUUCAGCAAGGGAAACAAAAUGGCUUCUCCACAAGGACGAACCGGCAGGAAGAGACUGAAGUCAGACUAAACUAACAUGAUGGAGGAGUUUAGUCGUGCACCAUUUGAGUUCCCACUCUAACUGAAUGCCUUAAGCGGGAUGCAAAAUAGCUGCUGCAGAAAGGCAUGAAGAUGGAGACCAACCAAGGAGGAAGAGAAUCUAAGUAACAGCGUUUUUCUUUGGCAGUCAUGUCUGUUCCCCGGACUGUAACGCACCAUCUUGCUUCCCCAGGCUGAGUGGGGAUGAAGAUCUCUGAGCCUGAGACGUGUACAGCAGGAACUAGACGUAGUUGUUCAGUUUAACCCUUUCCUCCUGUUUUUGUUCUUUUUGGGGGAACACGGAUGGUUGAACCCAUUUAUAUCCCUUUUAUCCCCGUGGUGUUCACUUUGUGCCCGUGGGUUCACGGCUCUGACGUCUUGAUAAAUUGGGGCCACGUUAAAACUUGUUGAAACCCUGCUGCUCGAACUUCGUUGUAGCUUGCACCAUUUUGCUUCCCCAAAAGAGUACAGAUGAAGCAAACGGGAUUCUGUGGACACUAACUCUGCUUAACCUACUUUUCAAGUCAUGUUGUUUAUAAUCGGUUUUCUGAUCUAAUAUCAUCAUGUUAAAGAACAAACAAAAGCGGUGGGGAUGCCAAAUGGAGCUUCUGAACCAGGAAACGGAUGUUUGAGCAUAGAGCACCUGCCUGAACCAGAUCCACGGAGCCGAUGGGUUCGUUAACGUCCACCAGGGGAACCCGAUAGUGACGAGGUCGUCGUCCUUUUAAAGUCGCUGUGCCCGUUUUUAUCCCUUUCCGACACGUUACAUUCCUGUUGGCUUCCUUCAGAGAGGACGGCGGUGGAGCCACUUCCUGUCAGCUGAUCAUUUGAGUUGAGUACAUAGUUAUUUUUAUAAGCUCAGCAAAGCCAACCUUUUUUUCUAUGUACAUAUAAAGUUGUAUUUUUGUAACUACCUGAACGCUUCACCGUGAUGAUGAUGAUGAUGAUGAUGGCUGCAUUGGUAAUCUGAAAUAUAAAUAAACACUUGCUUUUUUUGAA